AUGAUUGCCAAUGGCUUUUGGAAGGUGCUCCUGGAGCCCUUCCUUUGGGGAAGAGCUGCUGGCACUGCUGAAGGGCUGAAGACAUCCCUGGAGAACCAGAGGUUCAAGGCAGCCCUGGAAAACAGGUUCUUGGUGCUGCUCGUAGUGCUUCUGGUUGGCAUUUACUGUGGGACUCUGCUGUCAGCGUGGAGGAUGCAGGCGAAGGCAGGCACAGAGGAAGAUGACAAGGGAGCACUGGAGAUGUCUUUUCAUGUCAACAUGAUGAAUUCUGACUGGGCCCUGAAAAGCUUGGGUGCCACCAUUGACAUGAAGAGAACUUCCCCCACCUACAGGCUGCCAGCCCGAGUCCACCUGACUGCCAUCGCUGUGCAGCACAUCGUUGAGGAAGACUCCUUGUCUGUGGCUGCCAGCAGUGCUCCCAAAGGCCUGGCUGUCUAUGGAUUUGAGGCUGAAAGUGAAGAGGAAACUUGGCUCGGUUCGUUCAUCUAUGAUGUGGCAAAAGAGUCCAUUCAGCCCUUCUCUCUGAAGGUACGGGUCAUCAAUGUAGAGGCAGAACUCAGCUUGCCACCCAGGGUCAGCAAUGUAGAGGCAGAACUCAGCUUGCCACCUAGGGUGAGCAAUGUAGAGGCAGAAGUCAUCUUGCCACGUAGGUUCGUCAGUGUAGAGACCCAAGUCAGCUUGCCACUAGCUCCCAGCUCGGACACUGCUCCAGAGCAGCCGGCGGCAGAGUGCCACAGAGCCCAAGAAGAUGCAGGGAUGAUCUUCAGCCUCGCCUGCACACUGGCAGUCUGCCUGUGGAACUGGCUGCAACACACACACCCCUUUGCUAGGCUGAAGACAUCCCUGGAGAACCAGAGGUUCAAGGCAGCCCUGGAAAACAGGUUCUUGGUGCUGCUCGUAGUGCUUCUGGUUGGCAUUUACUGUGGGACUCUGCUGUCAGCGUGGAGGAUGCAGGCGAAGGCAGGCACAGAGGAAGAUGACAAGGGAGCACUGGAGAUGUCUUUUCAUGUCAACAUGAUGAAUUCUGACUGGGCCCUGAAAAGCUUGGGUGCCACCAUUGACAUGAAGAGAACUUCCCCCACCUACAGGUGCGGAUGGAAGUGGGGCUACAGUCUUUUGCUGAACAGAAGGUGCACUGAGGAUGAGCCUGACACCAUCUUGCAGAUGGAUGUCUCCCAGGGCAAGCGCUGGUGUUUCCCAGGGCAUUCUGGCCACGUUGUCAUCAGGCUGCCAGCCCGAGUCCACCUGACUGCCAUCGCUGUGCAGCACAUCGUUGAGGAAGACUCCUUGUCUGUGGCUGCCAGCAGUGCUCCCAAAGGCCUGGCUGUCUAUGGAUUUGAGGCUGAAAGUGAAGAGGAAACUUGGCUCGGUUCGUUCAUCUAUGAUGUGGCAAAAGAGUCCAUUCAGCCCUUCUCUCUGAAGAACACACAGAUCUCCAGAGCUUUUUCCUCCAUCAAAGUUCUUGUGAUGAGCAACUGGGGAAGCCCAAAGUACACGUGCAUUUCUCGAGUCCGGGUUCAUGGGAGGAUGGCAUAA